UGCUUCCGAUAUCAAUGAAUUUGAUGAAUGCUCGAGAGGAUCACAAUCUGGAAGUAAAAGAGGGGAGGAUGCUCAAGAUUCUAUUCCAAGGAUAAGGAGAAGAUUGUCAGAGACAUUUAGAGCACAGUACAUAAACACAAAGGAAAUCAGGUCCAAUAUCCUUCCCUUAUAUCCUGAAUAUGCGUUGGGACGUGGAAUGUUGGAGGAAAACUUCCAAAUGAUGACCUAGAUAUCGAUGACUGGAUUGAUACUGAUGAUCCUGCUGACAUCUACGUGUUUGGGUAAGUGUUUCCCUGCACCUCGUCCAAUACCAAACUCAGCAUAUCCAUAGGUAAUCUGCUAUCCAUGACCUAAAGAAGGUAAUCUGCUAUCUCUGCCACAAUGCCAGCAUAAGAUCUGAACAUUAAUCUUCAUUGAUUCAAUUAAACCUUGCUCUUUUGCUAAGAAACAAUAUGAUCAAUUUAAAGAGAAGUCUAUAUGUAUAGAACUCAAGGAAAUCAGAACUUUUAACAAAGGAAAGCGAGGCAACAUGUUGAUUUUCGAACUGUUAUUGGUAAAGGCCAAAGAGGGAAAACAGGAGGUAUGAACCCCUACUCUUUGGCACGAAAAUUGAAAUUGCCACCUGCCACCCAUAAUUAAACCUACUCUUAGCUGACAUCUAAACAUUAACAUGUCAGUGAAGGUAUAUGAUGUGGUUUUAUAUCCACUCGACAUGACUCCAGCAAUAUAAUUUACUUUUUAUUGCCUCAACUUGUUGCAUGUUGUUUGUUCUUUUCCAUAAAAUGCAUAAUUUUUCUUCCUGGUUCUGUCAAUCCUUGUCUCAAAUUGGUUCUCGUCCAAGUUAGUUCACUUGAGAAAUAGGACAAAUGCUUCAUUUCUUCAGGCUUCAGGAGAUUGUACCCUUAAACGCUGGGAAUAUCUUUGGCGCUGAAGACAGCCGUCCAGUUCCUAAGUGGGAAAACAUUAUUCGUGAAACACUGAACAGAAUUCGACCAGCAAGGACUAAGGUUAAAUGCUACAGUGAUCAUCCAUCUCCAUCAAAAUUUAUGUCAUCUGAAAAUGUGCCCACUAUAGCAGAAGAGAUAUUACUUGAAAGCGAUAGUGAUAUUGGUGAAGAAAUCCAUUCCUUCCAUGAAGAAUCCAAUGGUUUUGAUGAACUCAAUGAUAAAUCAAUUACAGGUGACAUGAACUCAAAUUCUGGAGUUCCAGACAAUCAAAUUCUGGAUUUACAGAAGCAAUUUUCUUCUCCAAAAAAACUAGAUGGAUUAAAUUGCUUGCGGACCGAAGAUUCUGCAGGAGAUGUACAAGCAUCUGCAGCUCCUCAAAAAUUAACUAGAAUUCUUAGUAGUUCUGAAUGGAUUGGCUUGAGUUGGCCAGAGCCCCCUUUAAACUUGCUAUCUCAGCAUGUUUUGCAGAGACCAACUUCCUUCAAAUCAAUUAAAUCAUUUAAAGCAACCAAAUCUUUUGGAGGAUAUAGUUCUUUAAAGUCUGUUUCAAGUGAAUUACAAUCAAGAUUGGCUUUGUUUGCCGAGCUUGACUUUGAAUCUCUCAUGAAACGGAAUAGAAGAUCAUCAUAUGUAAGGAUAGUGAGCAAGCAGAUGGUCGGAAUCUUCCUCACUAUUUGGAUUCGUAGGAGCUUGCGUAAGCAUAUUCAUAACUUAAAAGUGUCCACGGUUGGUGUUGGUGUUAUGGGCUAUAUUGGUAACAAGGGAUCAAUAUCAGUCAGCAUGUCUAUAUAUCAGACAUUUUUCUGUUUUGUAUGCACACACCUCACGUCAGGUGACAAGGAUGGAGAUGAACUCAAAAGAAAUACCGAUGUUCAUGAAAUACAAAGGAGGACUAAAUUUCAUCCCUUUUCCUGUGUUGGACUUCCUAAAGGCAUCUAUGAUCAUGAACGAAUUAUCUGGUUAGGUGAUUUGAAUUACCGCAUCAACUUGUCAUACGACCAAACAUGUGAACUCAUCUCCAAAAAGGAGUGGUCCAAGUUAGUGGAAGGGGACCAGCUUGUACGAGAAUUAAGAAAAGGCUGUGCAUUCGAUGGAUGGUCAGAGGGUAUAUUGGAUUUUGCACCAACAUAUAAAUAUGAGAUGAAUUCUGAGAAAUACUGCGGAGAAGAUCCAAAGGCUGGAAGGCGUAUUCCUUCAUGGUAUGAUUCUGCAGUAUUUGAGUGGUGUGAUCGCAUCCUUUCAUAUGGAAAGGGAAUGAGGCUACUGAACUACAGGAGGAAAGAGCUAAAACUUUCUGAUCACCGGCCUGUGGCUGCCACAUAUAUGGCUGAGGUUGAGGUGUUUUCUCCUAGGAAGCUACAGAAGGCGCUCACAUUCACAGAUGCAGAGAUUGAAAAUGAGGAAGUUGUGGCAGGCUUGGGAAUUGAUGUUAGAAUAAGCCAGUUGAGAUUGGAGCAGGUGAGAACUAAGCCAUGCAAAUCCAGAAAGCGUUUUAGAUUACACGAGUCACCGGGGCAGGUUUUGGACAACUAUUGGAAGUUAGGCGACUUUGAUGCUGGAUUCUGGCUCCUAAAAUCUGAAUGAUGCACGAAUGGGCUCACUUUGGAUAUUUCUUGUUGGGAGCAUUUACGAGGAAUACCCUGUCAUGAAGGGGCUGGAAGUGAGAUCCCGAGAACUAUGCUAUUACUACUCUACCUUAUGUUCAUUCAUUGAUUUGUAAUUUUUGCAUGAUAUUGUGUACUGAACUUCUUGUGUUACAGUGUUCAGAGUAGGAGUUUAUAUGUUAUAGAGAGAAAAUCAUAUAUAGGAGUCUUUAAUUGUAACUUUUUUUUUUCAAAUCACGGACACACUCCAGCACGCGAGCCACGGGUGAGCGUCCACUCUCAAAAGCCAAACCACGGGAGAGAGCCUAUCAAGUCGAGGUUCUAGUUGAUCGCAUACUUGAGAAAUGCAAGUGGUAGGAUUCAAAUCAGAUUCAAAUCAGGACCUCUCCCCAAGUUAACUUUUUAUCACUUGAUUAUCUACAACUGAGUUACUAGCUCACUUGCUAUUAUGCAUGUUGUUCAUACAUGUUCAAUGAUGCAGGUUACGUGUAUCAAAGAUUAAUCCAUUUAGUUUAUGCAUAUUUUUAAUGUUAUAAAAGAAGAGAAUAAUUGCAUGUUUUUUA